GAGGCCCCGUGCACACGAGUGGGCCGUAGUACGAGGCUAAUAUCACUUGGCCAGCACGAGCCUUCCUCAGUCUUUCACGUUCCGAGCGACCGGUCGCAUACUCAACCACAAAACAGUCGUGAAGUUCCGUUCGCCGGCGCGGGUACACUCGCGUCUCCGUGCCUUCUCCGGUCCGCCGCGGAGCGAAUCGACUCGACUACGAUGCGUCCGCGAUCGUAGGCUCACCUUUGGUGCCACGACACGAGGAGGUGCAGGUCGCGAGGAGGAAGAGGAUAGAAGCGGACGAGGCGGGGGCGAUAAGGGAUAUAUAAUAUGAGGCUCCUCCGCGUGGCGAUUGCCGUCGUGAGUGCAGCGUUUCUCUUGGCAAUCGUGUCGGGCGGUGUGGGUGGCGCUCAGGGCAGCAAAGUGUCGAAGCGGGCGAAGCCCCUCGACCCCGACGAGGACGACUAUUACUACGAUGAUCCCGUGGACGAGAGGAACAAUCCGACGAACGAGGCGCCGGCAGUGCCGCCUGGAUUCCUGAGCCCGUCCGUGCGGGAGUAUCUCGAUCUCGGUAAAUCGAUACCCGGUCGACCAGGCACGGAUUAUCCAGUGCUGGGAAAGGUACCUUACACGAAUUUCUACUGCGACGACCAGUCUUUCCCCGGCUUCUUCGCCGACGUGGAGACGAGAUGCCAAGCAUGGCAUUAUUGCGACAUAGACGGUCGACAAGCAACGUUUCUCUGUCCGAACGGCACGCAAUUCAGCCAGGCGGUCUUCGUCUGCGACUGGUGGUUCAACGUAAGGUGCGAGCUCAGCCCGAAGCUCUACGCCAUCAACAGUCGACUUUACGGUACGCCCACCGAGAGCCCGACGAGACCUCAUCGACUGAUCACGAAGGAGCUCCUAGAGAAUAUAUUCGUGCGUAGGAAAUGAAGAAAGCGGACGAACGGCACG